AUGGCCACCAUACUGAAGUGUCGUUCUCAAAACUGUCCAUUACGAAAGGCCCUUCACAAUGAGGGAUUUCGAAGGGACCAUGUUUAUGAGCUGUUCAACACAAUCGACGCCUGCCAGUGCUUCUUCAACAUCAUUGUGAAUUUUGACCUGACCAAGAAUUACCUGGACCUCGUGGUCACCUAUGCCUCCGUCAUCUACAUGCUAUCCCGCAUCGAUGACAAGAAGGCCAUAGUGGGAAUGUAUAACUCUGCGUAUGAGCUGUCCAACGGGAACAGUGAUCCCUCAUACCCUCGUCUUGGACAGAUGUUCUUAGAGUACGAACACCCCUGGAAGAAGCUGUCCGAGGAGUUCGGUCCACACACUAAAGCGGUGACGGAGGCUGUUCUCUCUCUGCAUCUGGUGUAUCCGCGCAGGAAUCUAACUGCAGAUCAGUGGCGCAGCGCUCAGCUCCUGUCCCUGCUUGCUUCACCUGCCGCCAUGCUGAGCCCUGCCUGCUGUGACACUAUGGCAUGUGAGUAUCUGUCCAUGGAGGUGAUGGAGCGCUGGAUCCUCAUCGGGUUCCUGUUGUGUCACGCAAGUCUCAACACCAACGCAAACUCUCAGAGUCUGUGGAAGAUGGCGCUGCGCAACGGCCUGUACAUCUGCAUCAUCAGAGACGAGCUGCUCAACAUACACAAACUCUCAGAGGAGUUCUUCGACAGUCUUAAAGGAUACAGUAAACGCAUCGCUGACAUCAAGGAGUGUAAAGAGCACGUGCUGGUCAACUGCGGUGCGUUGCGCAGAGAGAAGCGCAGCUAUCUGAGGAACGCCCUGAAGGAGCUGACUAAAGUGCUGGAGGACGAGCCGGCGCUGCUGGGACCCAAGGUGUUAUUUGUGUUCAUGGCGCUGUCGUUCUCUCGGGAUGAAGUGCUGUGGCUCGUGCGGCACAUGGAGAACAUCCCCAAAACCAAAACACCGGAGGAUUACGCCGACUCGCAGUUGGCCGAGCUGCUCUUCUUCAUGGAGAAGUUGCGCGCUCUCCUGUUGCGUCACCGAUACGUGGUUCAGCGGUAUCAUCUGCAGUAUCUGUCGCAGUACGACGCGCUAGUGCUCAACGACACCAUUCAGGGCAUGCUCGUGUGUCCAGAGGAGGAGUCUGUGCUCAUGUCCUCAUUCGUCUCCACUCUGUCUGCUCUCAGCCUCAAACACUUGGAUGCAGGAGAAGAGUUUGACCUGAAGCCACUCAGAUUGGACUGGUUACGACUGCAGGUGUACACCAGUGUGGGUAAAGCUCCUCUGGCCCUGAAGGAUUACCCAGAGCUGGCCAAGAUCAUGAACGUGUCUCAGUUUCACAGCCGGAUGCUGGACAGUGUGGAGGAGCUGCUGUGGGAGACGACUGACCUGUCUGUGCUCUGCUUUCACGCGCGUGUGUUUGAGAAGCUCUUCUCUCAGAGCAGUGAGGAUGUGUGUGUGCAGCGAUACCUCAUGGCCUUCCCGCUCGUCUGCUCACACUUCAGCCAGAGUCUCCAUCCGCUCUGCCCAGAGGAGACUGAAGAUCUGGAGAAGCAGAGCCUGAAGAUGUGUGCGUCGUUUCUGGAGGAGAUCUCGCGUCAGACCAGUGCGGUGGUGCUGGAGAUCUGUGCUGAGCAGUGGAACCUGCAUGAGAAGCUGCUGCCCAAACACAGCGCUCAGACCAUCAGCACAGCCCGCAACAAGAAGCUGAAGAAGCCGCAGCCCAAGAAAGGAGACGCGCCCAAGGAGAAGCCGGGGGCCGAGAGUCUGCGCAAGGACAGAGCCUUCGUCACCAAUCUGGAUAAGAUGCACCAGACCCUGACAGAGCUGUGUUCCUCCUUCAGCCUCUGCGCUGAUUUCUCUGUCUGCAAACACAUCAUCGUGCCGGCGGAGUUCCUGCUCACGCAGCUAGAGAUCAGACUUAACAAGGUGUUUGUGCAGAUGGCGGGCUACAAUCAGAGCACUCAUGAGAUCUCGCGUCCGUCAGAUCUUGCGUCAGGAAUGCAGGCGUACGUCAGCGCUCUACACACUCUCAGCUCCUACAUCAACAUCGACGUCUCGCGCCUCGUCAAGAGUGUGUUACUGCAGCAGACACAGCCGCUCGACUCCUACGGCGCGCAGACCAUCACCACACUCUACACCAACUGGUUCCUGGAGGGUCUCCUCCGUCAGGCCAGCAGUGCUCUGAUCGUCCACUGUCCCACCACACAGUGCUUCAUUAACCAGAACACCGAGAACGAGCAGAACUUCCACGCUGAGGAGUACUCUGACAUCGGAGGUUUGCGCUCGUUGGCUGAACUGAUCGGUCCUUACGGGAUGAAGUUUUUAAGCGAGAACCUGAUGUGGCACAUCAUAUCCCAGGUCGGAGAACUGAAGAAACUUGUAAGCGACAACAUGGAUGUCCUGGUGCAGAUGAGGGCAAACUACGAGGAUCCUGAAGCCAUGAGCGAACUCCAGAAGAAACUCACAGGCUGUGAGAAUGUGCUGAAGAGAAUGACCAUCAUCGGGGUGAUUCUGUCCUUCCGCUCCAUGGUCCAAGAGGCUCUGGAGGAGAUCAUGGACAGACACUGCCCGUUCCUCAUGAAGCCCAUCAGAUGCCUGAAGGACUUCAUCUGUCCAGAGAUGGACAUCAAGGUCACUCUGGGUGUAUAUGAAAUGGCGUCGGCCGCUGGUUUGCCCUGUGAGAUCGACCCCGCACUGGUUUCCGCAUUAGCAAACAUGCAGACAGAUAACCUGUCGGUAGAGGAGGAGUAUAAGAUCAGCUGUCUGCUGCUGGUGUACAUCGCCGUUUCCCUGCCGUCGCUCUGUCUGGAUCCAAACUCAUUCUACAGCCGCGAACACGGAGGUCACCAGAACAACAUCCACUGUUUGGCAUCUGCGGUGAACCACGUGGCAGCAGCCAUGUUCACCGUCCAGAGGAAGAACAUCCAGACGCAGAUGCAGGAGUUCCUGAAGGUGGCGUCCUCUGUCUUACUGCAGCUGGGUCAGAAUGUGGACAACAGAGAGAUCAAGAACAGAGAUUCGGUGUAUAUCCUCCUGCACAUGAUCGUGGAGCAGUCGCCGUUCUUGAGUCAGGAUAUGCUGGAGAUGUGUUUUCCCUAUGUUCUCCUCAGAAACGCCUACAGAGAAGUGCACAAAGUCUUCAUCCACACCAUGGGCUGAAGCUGGAGAACGCAGAGCCACGACUGCUGUUUGCUUCAUAGAUUAACAGAUGAACCCCGUAUGCAAUAUAUUUAACAUGUAGAGUACAAUACUGCAGCUUACAUUAAUCAUUCUGCCAGCUAUUAUCAGCAUUACACAGCUCUCUGGAAGACUGCAUUCUGAUUGGUCAGUCGUGACAUUAUAUGGUCUGUUAGUGUCCAUUUUACUGUAUUACAUAAAAUAUGCAUUUCACAAAACCAGUUUUAGCCUAAAAUUGAGAGAAAAUCUAAAAAAAGCAAAAUAUCUGAAAAUGAAAAAUAAGAGCUGUCAGUCAGAAUCUGUGGCUGCAGUACCAGACAUGACCAGCAGUUUCCAUUCAGAGUUUUCGCUUCAUUAAUGCCAUACAAGAGCGCCCCCUAUCUCUGUGUAUGUUGGAGGAUAUAUAAACUUUUGACAAUAUUUGUAGAUAAAAUAUUGUGUAGUAUGGGCAGUUUGAUAUAAAUUAAGCCUCUAAAAACAUUUUAAAAAUGUAAAUGUGGAAAGUAAUGCUUUUAUGACUCUGAUGAGUAUUCGUGUAGUAAUAACGGUUGCUCAGUAAUAUAAAUAUCAAAAAUCAGUCACCAGAUAUGGACACUGGAAAUGCUUCAGCUCUGAAAUGCUGUAAAGUUUGUCAUGUUUGCUGCAUUCAGAUCAUAAUAUUGGAUUAAAAAGGGUUGAAGGAUGACGGUAAA